CGCGCUCACUGCAAUAUCACAGCGGGUGGAUGUCUCACGAAAUUUCAGGCGUUGCGUACAUCACUACAGCACACGCCUCAGCACCUUUGCUGAAUGUUAGUGGAGACUUGAAGCAAGCCAGAAUAGUGUGUAUUUGGUCAAAAACGGAAAUUUGGAACAAUGACGGAGGUCGUGCAUGCAUUGUCCAAAGCAAGUCAGCCACAGCACCAAAGAUCAUGGACUGUUCGACACAAGUCUCAACCAUCAUCGAUGCAGCAAAGCGACAUGCGACUUCAGCUCAGUAUUUGCCGUACGAACGCAACCUUGUGAGGCUACGAGAGUCGCCAAUGUUGAAUUCUCAGGCACGAACGCGGUCCGAUUGGUUGAAUGUCUCAAAAGCGAUUGUCGAAUGACGAAAAGCGCAUACACCAUUUUCCUCCUAGGGUUGGUAGUCUCGUCGUUCCUCGGCGUUUUUGCCCGACGACAUCGCCUCGCUUACUAUACUGAUUUUAGCGCAUACACAACUCCAUCUGACUGAUAACAUGCUUCAUCAUGACGAUAGAUCACAGCGCUAGCCAAGACGACUGGCCGUAGAAUACUGAAACUAGUUGACCGCUGAUCCUCGCUGGACUCCUCCACUUCUAUCGAACAAAUCGACCGGACUAGCGAUGUAGC